AUGUCACGCUUUCUACGACAAACAGGCCAGCUGACGCGGCUCCUGAGAGUCUCUCAGCAGGCCAGUCUUCAGCGAGGUGUACGUCUAUCGCUUUCUCGAGCCACCGCUACCCCAAUCCUGCGGAACAGCCACGCCAAUCAAAUCCGAUGUUUUGCCUCCGAACCUCCGCGACAUGACGGAGAUCAAAAGCCAAAAAAGGACACCGACGAAAAGACGAACGAGCAGAACAAGGAAGACAUCCAGGAAGAUGGUGCCAAUGAGGAGGGGCGCCGGCAAUUUCCCUUGCCAAAGGGCUGGAUUUACUUAAGCAAGGAGGAAAUCAAGCAAAUGCAAGUCUUUUAUGAAGUGAUUCCGGAAUCUCAAAGACCAUCAUUGGACGAAAUUCUCAAGGGCAUUCAAGAAACUGGAGCACCGGCUGAAAUCCGAGAUAUUCUUGCCAAGCUAAGAAAAGGCCCUGGCAACUUGUCCAUCAUGGACAAGGGCCGCCUGAUGCGCUGCGUUUUCGCCAUGGCUGAGCGACUUGCUGCAUGGGAAGUUGAGAGGGAAAACAGGCAGAAGGGUCAAUUCACGCAGAAUAAGGUCGGCGAAGAUGGGCCACAGCAUGGCAACUACCAAAGCCAGAACCAAAAUCAGGGACGACCCAGCGAUGACAAUAGCAAGACAAUCAACGUCCGAAUCAGCCUGAUGCAAACCGUCCUCCUCCUCGGUAUCAUUCUUUACUCGCUAGACUCUUUCGGUGGCUCCAUGUCCCAGAAGCAAAUCACUUGGCAAGAGAUGCGCAAGGCAUUCCUCGACAAAGGUCUUGUCCAGAAGCUGGUUGUCGUCAAUGGAUCUCAAGUUCGCGUAGAGCUCCAUCCCAGCGCUGAUCAAGGCGACGAUCGGAGACAAUAUGUCUUUUCAAUCGGCUCUGUCGAAUCUUUUGAGAGAAAAUUGGAAGAGGCUCAGGAUCAACUCGGCGUCCCCCAGAAUGAGCGCAUACCUGUCAGCUACGAGGCUGGCGGCAGCACGAUAGGCAAUAUUCUCCUGGCGUUUGGUCCUACGCUACUGUUCAUUGGUUUGAUUCUCUACACGCAGCGUUCUAUGGGAGGACGUGGUGGCGCUGGCGGCAUGUUUAACUUUGGCAAAAGCAAAGCUAAGAAAUUCAACGCUGAAAGCGCUGUCAAGGUCAAAUUCGCCGACGUCGCCGGUCUGGAGGAGGCCAAGACGGAGAUCAUGGAGUUUGUCAGCUUCUUGAAGCAACCCGAGAAGUUUGAGAAGCUUGGUGCCAAGAUACCUCGUGGCGCCAUUCUUGCUGGCCCUCCCGGUACUGGUAAGACUCUGCUUGCCAAGGCCACUGCUGGUGAGUCUGGUGUGCCGUUCUUCAGCGUCAGCGGCUCCGAAUUCGUGGAAAUGUUUGUCGGUGUCGGUCCUUCCCGCGUGCGCGACCUGUUUGCUGAAGGCCGCAAAAACGCUCCCUGUAUUAUCUUCAUCGACGAAAUUGACGCCAUCGGUCGAGCGAGACAAGAUAGCGGCAAGGGCUUUGGAGGCAACGACGAGCGUGAGGCAACUCUGAAUCAGAUUCUGACGGAAAUGGAUGGUUUCAACACGAGAGAGCAGGUCGUUGUUCUUGCGGGUACCAAUCGUGCUGAUGUUUUGGACAAGGCGCUGAUGCGUCCCGGUCGGUUCGAUAGGCAUAUCUAUGUCGACCGCCCGACCAUGAGCGGCCGUCAGGAAAUCUUCAGAGUCUAUCUCAAGAAGAUUGUCACGAGCGAAGACAUUGAUCACCUGGUCGGACGUCUCUCCACACUUACGCCUGGCUUCUCUGGUGCUGACAUCUCCAAUGUGGUAAAUGAGGCUGCCUUGAUUGCUGCCCGUGCCAACGCCGAGGAGGUCAAGAUGGAGCACUUUGAGCGCGCCAUCGAACGUGUCAUUGGUGGUCUUGAGCGCAAGUCCCUGGUGCUCAAGCCUCUCGAGAAGAGGACUGUUGCCUACCACGAGGCCGGCCACGCUAUUUGCGGUUGGUUCCUGGAACAUGCCGACCCCCUGCUCAAGGUCUCCAUCAUCCCCCGCGGACAGGGCGCUUUGGGAUAUGCCCAGUACCUUCCUCAGGAUGCCUACCUUAUGAGCACAAAUCAGCUUAUGGACCGCAUGGCCAUGACCAUGGGUGGACGUGUGUCUGAGGAGUUGCACUUUCCUACUGUCACGACCGGAGCCAGUGAUGACUUCAAAAAGGUGAGCCAGAUGGCUCGUAGCAUGGUCACACAGUGGGGCAUGUCUGACGUUGUCGGCCCGGUCCAUUUCGACAACGACCCGAACCGCAUGCACAAGCCUUUUGCCGAAUCUACGGCUCAACAGAUUGACCAAGAAGUGCACAGAAUCGUCGAGGAAGCCUACAAGCGGUGCAAAGAUCUCUUGACAGAGAAGAAGAAGGAGGUUGGUCUGAUUGCACAGGAGCUUCUCAAGAAGGAGGUGCUCGUGCGUGACGACAUGGUGCGCAUUCUGGGCAAGCGUCCCUUUGAAGACAAUGAGGAUUUUGAGAAAUACUUUGGUGGCAGCAAAGAGGAGAGCGCGCCGCCGCCGUUUCCUGGUGAAGGCGAUGUGCCUGCGCCUGGCGACUCCCCACAACCCUCGCCGGCUUUCAAGGAGCUGUCGAGAUCGGAGCAGAGCAGGUUAUAA